AUGGCGAACGUCAGUGAUGAAGAGAAGUCUGCAAUGGCUCUCCAGAAGCAGCCCAGUGUCACUGAGGGUGACGUACCGUCGUCUCUAAGCAGCGGCAGUCAGGAGAUCGUCGCCAUUGACCCUGCUGUACAGCGGAAGCUUGUCCAAAAGCUCGACUUCUACUUGCUGCCAUGGAUGGCACUGAUGUACUUCUUCAACUCGGUCGACAGAUCGAAUCUCGGCAAUGCGAAGACGGACGGCAUGGACAAGGACAUGCAUUUCACCGGCAACCAGUACUCAUUGUUGAUCCUGCUGUUCUAUGUGCCGUUCGGCUUGUGUGAUCUGCCACUGGCUCUUCUUACCAAGAGAUACACCGCCAAGCGUGUGCUACCGACACUCAUGGUCGGAUGGGGUUCGAUGGCAUUGAUCCAGUGCGCAGCCAAGAGCUUUGCGGGCAUGCUACCACUGAGGUUGAUCUUGGCCGCAUUCGAGGCUGGCUUCUUCUGCAGUUCCGUCUUCUACUUCACCUUGUUCUACAAGCGCGACGAGCUUGGCUUCCGCAUCGCAAUCUUCUUUGGAUCAGCUCUGUUGGCAGCUGCCUUCUCCGGACUCAUCUCCUACGGCGUCUUCCAGAUUCGUCACACAUCUAUCCACGGCUGGCAGUGGUUGUUCCUGAUUGAAGGUCUCCUCACCGUCAUCAUUGGCGCGGCUUCCUUCUUCUGGUUGCCGGCUGAUGCUGCUACGGCUUGUCACGAGAUCUCGACUAAGUUCAAUCUCAAGAAGGCCUUCGCCCCUUUCAAGGAGAAGAAGUUCUUGUUGUGGAUGUUGAUCUCCUUCAACUAUCCUGUUGCGUUUGCCACUGUCAGCAACUUCCUGCCGCAGAUUGUGCAGCGUCUGGGCUAUUCGGUGAUCAAGACCAACUUGUGGACUGUGGCGCCAAACUGUGUGGGCUUUGUCGUCCUCUUGUGCACCACGUAUUCUUCGGACAGAUUCAGGGAAAGAGGUUUCCAUCUGGUCUUCGCGUUGAGCUUGUCGCUGGUAGGGUUGAUCAUACUGGCUGCUGUCGAUCCGCUGAAGCAGGGUGGUGUGGCCUACAUGGCUUGCUUUCUCAUUGCUGGUGGCGCAUACAUUCCUUCCUGUCUCGUGCACAGCUGGCAUAACAACAACGACACUGAGGAGAACUCACGUGCUGCCAAGACUGGCUUUCUUGUUGGUUUGGGCAACUUGGCUGGUGUGCUGUCCGCAGCAACGUUCCGCGUCGAGUAUGCGCCUUCGUAUAUCCCGACACUCAUCGCCACCAGCUGCUGCAACGUUGUGGCAAUCACGGCUAUCCUGACGAUGAAGUUUAUCAUGGUCCGCGAGAAUCGCAGGCGGGAUAAAGCACAAGGUCGUGUGUUGAAGGCGGAGGAUGUCGAUACCAGUGCGCUAAUCGAUGGAGAGAAUGAUCCUUCGUUCAGGUACUUCACUUGA